AACUUUAGUUCACGACCCAUUUGGCACGAGCUCGCCACAGUUUGUUAGAGGAGGAGUCCGGCUGUUUUAAGUGCACUCUGUCACACUGGGCACUCACAGCACCAACAUGGCCGUGCGACUGUUCGAGGACCAGGAUCAUGCUGCAGACUACCUCAAAUACAGAGUCACCCCCAACGAAGUGGUGAGCCACAUCAUGGAGCUGCUCAGGAAAAGGAUGGCGCUGCCCGCUAAACUAGCCGUAGACGUGGGCUGUGGGUCGGGUCAGGGCACCGUUCUCCUGGCGCCGUAUUUCAACCAGGUCGUUGGCACGGACAUAAGCCCCGCCCAGCUCCAGUACGCACGCAAGUGUGACAACGUUACAUACAAGCAGUGUCCAGCAGAGGAACUCCCCUUUGAGAGCGGCUCAGUGGACCUGGUGACCUCCAUGACGGCUGCGCAUUGGUUCGACCGGCCACGCUUCCUGCAGGAGGGGCGUGUGCUGAGGGGCGGGGGCUGUGUGGCUCUGCUCUCCUACACCCUGAACAUGCACCUGGAGAGUGGAGACCUCACCGACAAACUCAAACCAGUCUGCAUGGAGUUUUACGCCGAUCUGCUCUCAUACCGAGACCCUCACAUUGGCUCCAGUUCUAUGCAGCUCUACAAAGACAUGUUCAACCUCUGGCCCCAUCCGGACAAAGAAUGGCACGAAGUUCUGGAGGUGAGGAGAGCCACCACUGUGAACGGCUACAUCGGCUUGGUGGAAACUUUUAGUUCGUAUCAGAAAUGCAAAAAAGAGAAUCCCCAAAAAGCCCAAGAAAUGUCCAACCGUAUACGCAACAAGUUACUGGAUGUUUUGCAAGUAUCCUCUCCUGAAACUGAAGUUACCGUGGUUAUCAAGUAUUUCUACUGGGUCGGGUGCAAACCUUGA